AAGUUAGACAAUUAAGUAUGAUAGAUAGAUUGAUACUGAAUAUUAUCGAGAUCAAAAAUCCUUCUCCUUCAUUUCUUCUUGUUUGCGUCUUUCGUCAGAUCUGCUUGGAUAAGCAGCUAUAUCAUUUACUCAAUCUCCCGGUUUCAAAAAAUCACAUUAGAUGGACGGAAACGGGGGUGAUAGUGGUUCAGUGGCCACGCCUGUUCAACAGCGAGCACAUGAGGCAUGGAGGAUUUACCAGCAUUAUCUAGACAAGACUACGCCUCAUGCAACUUACAGGUGGAUCGGAACUCUUGUCGUCGCGCUUAUCUACUGUUUGAGGGUUUAUUAUCUUCAGGGAUUCUACAUCAUCGCCUACGGGCUUGGAAUCUACCUUCUGAACCUGCUAAUCGGGUUCCUGUCCCCUCUUGUUGAUCCUGAGGCUGCUGGGGUCUCUGAUGGGCCUUCUCUUCCUACUAGAGGUUCUGAUGAGUUCAAGCCUUUUAUUCGCCGGCUGCCUGAGUUCAAAUUCUGGUACUCCAUGACGAAGGCUUUCUGCAUUGCGUUUCUCAUGACAUUCUUCUCCGUAUUUGACGUUCCUGUGUUCUGGCCAAUCCUGCUUUGUUAUUGGAUCGUUCUCUUUGUUCUCACCAUGAGACGCCAGAUCUCCCACAUGAUGAAGUACAAGUACAUCCCUUUCAGCUUUGGCAAACAGAAAUAUGGCGGCCGGAGCACCAGCGGCUCACGUGCGGACUGAUCUGACUAAUGCACUAACCGUUGGUCACUUUUGUCUUUGCAAACAAGAAAAGAAAUUUGUUUAGAAAAUCAUUUUGGACUAUUUGUUACAUUGACAAAACUACGCAGCUACUAGUGAAGAAUUAGAGGAAGUAAAAAAAAAGAAGAAAAAACAGAAUGGAAAUUAAAUUUGUUUUAGCUGAGAGGAAUUUAAAUUGUU